CUUCCCUUCUGUGCCACUAAGAAAGAUUCAUAUCUUCAAACCCAUAAUAGUAAGCUUCUCUAUUUACUUUCUACCUCUCUCUUUAUAACAUCUUUAAUUCCUCUUCUCUCCUUCACAUGUUCCUCCAUUAAUUAUUUUGAAAGCAAGAAAGAAGAAGAAGAAGAAGAGAUGGGGAGAGGCAAGAUUGAGAUCAAAAGGAUCGAGAACUCAAGCAACAGGCAAGUGACCUACUCCAAGAGAAGAAAUGGGAUCAUCAAAAAAGCUAAGGAAAUCACAGUUUUGUGUGAUGCUCAGGUUUCUUUGGUUAUCUUUGCUAGUUCUGGGAAGAUGCAUGAGUACUGUAGCCCUUCUACCACGUUGAUUGAUAUUCUGGACAGGUAUCACAAGCAAUCUGGUAAAAGCCGGCUGUGGGAUGCUAAACAUGAGAACCUCAGCAAUGAGAUUGACAGAAUCAAGAAAGAGAAUGACAACAUGCAGAUUGAGCUCAGGCAUCUGAAAGGGGAGGAUAUCACUUCUUUGCAUCACCAAGAGCUGAUGGUCAUAGAGGAAGCCCUUGACAAUGGCCUGGCCAGCGUUCGUGACAAAAUGAUGGAGUACUACAAUAUGAAGAAGACAAAUGACGAGAUUUUGGAAGACAUGAACAAGCGCCUGAGAUUCUUUUGGCAACAACAAGAGAUGGCCAUGGAAGAGAAUGUGAGGGAGAUGGAAAAUCCUUACCAUCAACAGAGGGUGAGGGACUACAAUUCCCAGAUGCCCUUCGCCUUCAGGGUGCAGCCAAUUCAGCCAAAUUUGCAAGAGAGGAUGUAAAACAUAUUAUCAUGUUAUAUAUGCACAUGGCAUCCAAAAUCCUCUAGCUUAAUUUUGAUUUCUUAGCAUGCAACUCUCUCUUCAGAAUCCAGUAGGUUCUAUUCUGUAUGAGAUAUAUGAUCUCAAGCUUCUAAAGCAUCUGCCACUGCUAAAUCAUGUAUUAAGUGUUUGUGUGAACUUGU